AGCCCCGUUUGCGGCGGCGGGGAGAGCGGAGACACCUGCAGCGAACAGGAGGAGGAUAUAGCAGCCCUUAGAAGAGAGAAUGAAUCACUGAGAUCUCAAUUGCAGGCUGUGGGCUUCAGUGCAAGUUCCAAUGCUGCAAUGCACCAUCCUUGCAUAUCCCAGUGUCCUCCGGCCGUCCUCACUUCUGACUUGUUGCAGGUGGAGCGAAGUUUGCAGAGUCGGGUGGUCCAGCUAGAGUCUGAGGGGCGGAGACUGGCAGAGCAGCUGGCAGAGUCACAGACGUCUCUCAGAGAGGAGAGAGCCUCUCACACCAGAGACCGGGACAAUCUCAUAGUGCAGCACCGUGCAGAGGUGGAGCAAGUGACGAGUGAUAGGGGUGAGGCCGAGGAGAGGUGGCGGAGGGAGUGUGAGGAGUGGAGGGUGAGAGUUGGGAGGGCCGAGGAGGGGGAGAGGGAGAGGAUGGACGAGCUGAAACUUGCUGAGCAGAAACUAGCAUGUGUGACACAGGAAAAAACUGAAGUGUGUGGCCAGUUGGAGCAGGAGAGGAGUGGCCACACAGAAGAGGUGGCCUCACUGCAGCUCCAGCUGACGGCAGCCACAGACCAGAAUGAGAAGAUCCAGGGAGAGCUGGAGGCAGCGAGACAGUGUGUGCAUCGUCUGGAGUCCUACCUGGGAGGGGAGUUGCCCGAGGAGGGACUCACCUGGAGGGACGAGAGGACAGCUCUGCUGACUAGGAUACUAGAGAUGGAGGGAGAAAGAGAGAGAGGUGAGAGAGAGACUCACCUAAUGGCUGUCCGGCUGGCUGCCAUCUCUGAGAUACUCUCUCUGCAAGAAACUGCUCUGCAGGGAAAAGGAGUUGGUGCUGUGGAAAAGGCCAGAGCUGAGGAAAUAGGCUCCUCGCCAAAAGAACCAGGAGAUGGAGAUGUAGCAACUCAAGGAGGAGGGGAGGGAGGGUUGAAGAGCCUGCUGACUCUCUGGAGGGAGAAGGUGUUUGCUCUGCUGGUCCAGGCGAGACUGACCCAGAUGCAGCACGGACAAGAGCUCAUCAACACACAGGCCAGGGUGAGUGCUCUGGCAGGUGAGGUGGGAGAGAGACAGAGAGAGAGGGACCUGGUGACCCACACACUCACAGACAGAACUGCCCAACUCCAGCUACUCACCACCCAGAAUGAGGAGCUUGGUAGAUGUGUCCAGAGAGCGGAGGAGGGCUGGAUGGCCAGUCAGACUGCAGCAGAUGGUCUCUCUGAGGGUCUCCAUCUAGCCCUGACUGGGGUGGGCCAGAGGUGGGCCAGGCUCAAGUCUUGUCUCGAUGGCUGUCUCUCAAGACUCGCCAGCUACCAACAGAGAGUGGGUGUGGCCACUGGGAGAGUCGCUGCUCUCAAAGUUCUUGUUGGUAGCCAGAUGGUGCUGGGAGGAGGGAAGAUUACCAGGGACAACCCCCCGCGAGGAGAUUAUGUCAUUGCUGAGAGAUAUGAUGUCACCACUCAGACGGAGCCUUCAGAGAAAGCACAGGACCUCUCAAAGUUGCCAGUGGAGGUGUUGGUGGAAGAGGUUGUGUCACUGACGAGAGAGAGAGACAGUCUCAGUCGCCAGUUGGCCUACAGCACACUCUCCCUCCAGCAACUCACUGCUUCAGCCGCAGAGAGACAAGAUGUGUUGGAGCAGAGCUGCACGGCCCUGACUGCUGCCAACAGCUCUCUCAGAGAGGAGCUGGAGGGGGCCAGGGUAGACCUUGAUACUGUCAGGAGUGAGCUGGAAGGACACCGGGAGAGAGAGGCCCAGCUGGUCUCUGCUCAGGCCUCCCUACAAACACGUAUAGACGGAGCAGUGAUGGAGGAGAGAAGGAGGGGACGGGAGCUGUUGAGUGAGGCCCAAGCCUCACUGGAGGUGGCCCGCAGAGAGCAGACCAAGACUGCCCUCCAGCUACAGAGGUCACAGAGGAAGUUGGAGGAGGAGAGGGCAGGAGCAGUGGAGGCAGUAGAGGUGGCCAGACAGGGACUGGAGGAGGAGCUACAGAGAUGUCGAGACAGACUCAGAGCUGUCCAGGUGGAGAGGAACCUUCUCCUGGGCGAGUAAAAGCGGUGGUGUUAUGGACGUGUAUAGAGGGACCGUAGUCCAUUGUCUGAGGCCCCAGGAGAUGGAGCUACUACCAGACCACCUGAUCGGCGUGGAGAACGGGCAGAUCAAGUUUGUUGAGCCAGGGGAAAGGCUGGAAGAGCUAAAGGAACAGCAUAGCUUCACAGUCCACACUUUGCCCAACAGUCAGUUCCUGAUGCCGGGGCUAGUAGAUGCCCACAAUCACCCCUCACAGUACAGCUACACUGGAACUGGCUAUGAUCUGAGCAUUCAGCAGCGACUGGAGAUGUUCAAGAUUCCUACCGAGGCAAAGUUUGCAGACAUUGAGACUGCCAGAACAAUCUACCAAAAAGCGGUGAGGCGGAGUCUACUAAACGGCACAACCACUGCAUCUUACCUGGCCACAGUGCAUCUGGAUAGCACCAUGGAGCUCUGCAGAAUCUGCGCUGAUGCAGGUCAGAGAGUCCAUGUAGGAAAGGUGAACAUGGAUCAUGAACAGACAAAAAAUUCAACACAACACUCUGUGGAGGAGACUCGCAAGUUUAUCAAGUCUGUGAGAGAAAUGAAGAACCCACUGAUGGAGCCUGCGGUGGCCCCGAGGUUUGCCUCCACGUGUUCCCAGCCUCUGCUGAAGGCCCUGGGGGACCUGGCCAGUGAGCUGGCCGUCCCCAUCCACAGCCACCUGGGCCAGCAGAGAGAGGAGGUCACCAGACUACUCCAAGACAACCCCAGCAGCAGAAACCCCGCCCACCUCUUUGAAAUGGCCGGCAUGCUCAACUCCAGGACCUACAUGGCCCACUGUGUCUAUACGACAGAGCAAGAGGUGGAACUGUUAAGAGAAAGACAGGUUGGAGUUGUCCACUGCCCCAACUCCAACUUCAGCUUGAGGAGUGGGUGUCUGGAUGUACGUGGACUGCUGCACUGUGGAGUCACAAAGAUUGCCCUUGGCACAGAUGUAUCAGGAGGCUACACUUCCUCCAUUCUGGACGCCAUGAGGUGUGCUCUCCACACCUCCAAAGCCGUGUGUUUCAAGAAUGACGGACAGCAUUAUGACCCUUUGACCCUGCCCGAAGUCCUCUACAUGGCCACAAUGGGCGGAGCCAGUGUACUUGGUCUUGAUGCAAAGAUUGGAAAUUUCCAGGUGGGGAAGGAGUUUGACGCUCUGAUCAUAGACACUGCUGCACCCUGUGGCAAUCCAGUCUUUGAUUUGUUUGAGAACGACACAAACAAGGAUAAGGUCUCAAAGUUUUUCUAUCUUGGUGAUGACAGAAACAUUGUUAGUCGAUUUGUUGCAGGAAAGAAAAUAAUCGUCUAACUUUUUAUGCCUCUGUUUUUAUUACAUGUUGUACAGAACAUCUAUUACAGGAAAGACAAUAAUCCAUGUUGUAUUUUUAGAACUAUUAUACUACAGGUCUAUGAGACUCUAAAUCUCAAUGUCUACUGC